AUGGAGUCCUCAUCUGAAUUCCCAACAUCGCCCUCGUCAGGCACGACGGCCAUCACCAACCCCGGCUUCCCGGUUUCUGACACUGUCUUGUCCGGUGCCUCGCUCCCGUCUCCUCCAGAACGCACCAGCUCUCAAGGUGGCGGCAUCCCCUUGUCCAAAACAGCCAGCAAUGUUUCCUCGCAUUCGCAUCGCCAGAGCUUCGCUGAGAACCAACGUCAUCCGCCUCCCUCGCCGCGUACACAGAGACACCCCUCCUUCACACAGCAAGCAAUUCAAGACCUGAUGAAUCAUCCGCCGCCGAACCGCCAUCAAAACCCUCGCUAUGUCGGCCGCGAUUGGCGGGAUGUUGCCGUUGGCGAGUUAUUGCAGCCGGAUGAGGUCAAAUGGGCGGAACUGGACAUGAGCAUCCAGGAGGCGACCAAGACCCUCUUUCAAAGUAGUCCGAACAAUGUCGUUCUUGUCCGCCAGGACUCGUCCUCCAAGGAAGCGAUGUCUACCUUCGACCACAGUGAUCUCAAUGCUUACCUGUUGGCCGUGGUAGGCCUCGCAAAGCCCGAGGAAGAACAAGUUGCUCUAUAUAGGGACAUUUCCGUCAAAGCCCAGUCUCAAGAAGAGAUUCCGUUACGCGACCUCCAACCCAUCUUUCGCAAGGAGGAACUGGUGAAGAUCCCGGCCGAGUCCACCCUCGACAAGGCCAUCGAAGUGUUCGGAGGCGGCGUUCACCGUAUUCUGGUGACCAACAAGGACUCGGAAGUGGUGGGUAUUCUGAGUCAGUUGCGCCUGCUCGAGUUCUUCUGGAACGAGGCAGUCAACUUUCCCUUGAUUGAUCGUCUCUACACGAUCGUGCUGCGUGAUCUUCAGAUUGGGACGCAGCAAAUCAUUGCCGUCAACGCCGAUGCUCCUCUUGCGGAUGCUCUCUUCCUCAUGAGCUCCGAGGGUCUCACGUCCGUCGCGGUUGUUGAUAAUGGCCAUAACGUUGUUGGGAAUAUCUCCACCGUUGACGUGCGCCACCUGACCAACGCCAACAGUCUGCCUCUGCUCAAGGCCUCAUGCAUGCAUUUCAUCAGUGUUAUCCUCUCCGAACGCGGUGUCGAGCACGGUCGUGACUCCUUCCCGGUUUUCUACGUUAACCCGUAUUCGACACUCGCUCACACGGUUGCGAAGCUGGUUGCGACGCAAUCUCAUCGUAUGUGGGUAGUCGAGUCCGCUUCGCCGUCGCCCAGCGCCCCAGCUACGCCUUUACUGCAGGCCUCCUCCAGCUUGCCUCCCCUUUCAACGUUGUCACCUCCGGCUAUUUCGCCCGGAAGAACGGGUAGUCCGACCCCUGGCUCGGCAACCGUUGUUGUGCCUCCACCAGGUGCUAUCACGACGUCGACGCCUCAGUCGCCGUCAACCCAAGGACCAUUUUCCUCGGUUCCGGCUUCGGCGCUGCCGGGUGCUGGACUGUCAGGGCGAUUGACGGGUGUGGUAUCGUUGACGGAUAUCCUGAACCUGUUUGCAAAGUCGAGUGGCCUGAGACCGUUGGACCCUAGUGAGCAACGCGCCAGGAGAAGACGGAGUUCGAGCUCCUCGGUCCGGCCCACGCUGGACAUUGGAAGAGAGAAUGGAAGAGGAAGCGUUGAUUCCCGAAGGUGA